CCUGCAGAUGAUUAAACAGAUUAGUGGACGUCCGCUGAGUAACUACGGAUUAAGCUAUGGAGACGCUUCAGAUCUGACCCACCAGUAGCAUGGUUCGUUAUAGUAGCAUACGUCAUAGUCAUUAUUGAAAGUGCUACCCGAGUACAAUUCUACUUCAGAUCCCAUGCUAGUCGCUAGGUGAUUCCCAAAGAAGGCUGGGAAUAUAGAAUUUUGCCAUGCAGGCUAAACGAGGAAUCAAGUUGGUGAUCUAGACCGGCAAAUAUGUUGGAUUGCGUCACUGAUCCGCCGCUGGGAAUCACGUCAGCGACGUAAUGAGGCAAAAAGUGGAAGUAAGAAUGGAGACUAACUUGACCGAUCCAAUGUCCACGGGAUGAACUAAUCUUGCAUAGUAGCACGGAGUUCUUGGAGUUUGCCUUGGCACCCAUCGCGAUCAACGCGACGACUUUUCCUUGGACUGCUGGAAAAAUGAAAUUAAGAGUACAAUGAGUGGGAUUUAUUGUCCGAAUUGAAUGGAUGUCCUGAAAUUGUAUAGGAACCAUAAAAAUGACAGCAACUACCACAGCAUCUACAAUGGCGCCUGCAAGAGCGUCCAAGAGCGCAGUGCGCGGCAAACUAAUAAAUCCAAAUUUGCUGUCCUUGAAGUUUUUACUUUUUGUUUUUUUUGGAGGAAUGGGCUGUCUCUUCCCCUUUUUACCACUGCAUAUGAGAGCAGUUGGUUUGACACUGGAAGAACUACGAAUAGUAUCAAUAGUCUCACCAGUCGUGGCCAUUUUGGGACCAUUAAUAAUGGCGCCAUUGGCAGAUAAAUUGGCAGGACGUCAAGGCACCAACAGCAGAGCCUCGACGGGCCGUUACCUACGAGUUAUGAUAGCGAUAACCUGUCUACUGUCCGCUAUUCUGUACUCCUGUCUACUUCUGGUGCCUCCGGUAAUCAGAGUGAAUCCUCAGAAUGGUAGCAAACCGUCUGUUAGCUUCAUAUGCGACAACGACGGUGCAAUCUUCUAUCAAGAGAGAUGUCAGGAUUCGUUGACCUGCAUUCCUUGGCAGGAGCGCGCCAGUCCCCUCAUUCUUAAGAACUGUUCCUACGUCUGUACCGAAAAUGCAACAAGGAACACUGAUUUCUUAAAGUGGGACACGAUGUCGGAGAGAAUUGACGGCAUCGAGAGCAGUGGAGAUGAGACAGUGGUUAUACCUGUGGAGGUAGAAGAUGUUACUUACACUUAUCAAGAGGAUGCCGACAUCGUUGAUCAGCUGGAGGCAGACUCCCAGGACAAGAAGGGAAAGAACAAAAGAUCAACUGAGAACCAAGACUACGCUGAUCUCGUAAUCAAGGACGGAAUACCGCCACAUGUAUGCUUCAAUGAUCUGGAAACUGGUGGAAUUAUGUGUCACGUCUCCGCGCGUUACUCCCAAAGUUUUACUGUGAACGUGACCUUGAAACAGCCCAUGGAGUCCGAUGAUCCUCUCCAAGACAAGUGGUGUAGCUAUCCAGUAUCCGACUUCUUUGAAUGCAGGAUCCCAGAAAAUGUUCAGACGAGGAUGGCACUUUUGAAUAAGACCUGUUCCAUCAAGUGCGAUCCCAGUGACAGUUACGCAUUGGCGGGUAGCGUCGUUGCUGAAAAUCAAUGUAACAAGAUCAUUGGAGAUCCGAAUAUGACGUUUUGGAUCUACGUAGUGGUUCGUUCUAUCGCUGACAUAUUUCCCACUACUGCUGUGGCUCUACUCGAUGGAGCCAUCGUGAUCGCCACUAGAGAAACAUCCUGUGGACGUGGCGACGUCGGCAGACAACUAGCAUUCGGCUCUUUAGGAUUCGCUGCUUUUGCUCCACUAGCUGGAUAUUUAUCAACCCUGAUGCCACCAAGUCCUGCCUACUUCUUGCCAGUUGCUUUAUUUGCCGUUUUAAUGCUUCUCGCCGCCCUGAUCGCCAUCACGGCGAAUGGAAUGCCCCUGAGUCCACCUGAAUGGUGGUGGCAUACCAGAAGUGGCAUGCUAGCGCUACCAAUGAGUGCCGUCAAACGAUAUGGCAGUGAAACUGCAGCACUUUUGCUGGUACUACUGGUAAUGGGAAUAUUUUGGAGUUCCAUGGACAGCUAUCUUCCUCUUCAUCUAGCCAGCCUUAAAGGAGACGAUCUGGCGAUAGCAAUAGCAUUGACAAUAGGAGCAUUACCAGCGGUACUGUUCCUCUGGAAGUCAGAGAACCUAGUAGAUUACUGUGGACACAGUAAUCUCCUAAUCACAGCGUUCACAAUUUACAUUCUAAGAUUCACAGGAUUGAGUCUCGUCUCGGAUACCUGGUGGUCGAUAAUAUCCGAGGCUGUUGAACUCUUUACCCUCGCUAUUAUGUGGGUAACGGCCAUUUUAUAUAUGCGACACCUGGUGCCACGGCAUCUGACAGUCACCGCGCAGGCGUUGCCGGUCAUAGCACACUUUUGCAUAGGUCGUUGCAUCGGUGCUGUCAUCGGAGCAUACGUUAAUAAUGGCAACGACUUUAACCGAUCCGAAAUAAAUGACCUAAGAUUUGUCUAUCGCUGUAUGGCAGUGGCAGCUGCCAUAGUGGCAGUGGCUUACUUCAUUUUAUAUCAUGGGUUAUUGAAACCUCGCUGUCACGCACAGACAACUCAUGGACCACGACAGCCGCCAACUAUAGUUCAGGCUGCCAUUAAAGAAUACGAGCAGUCAAUGAACGGCAAUGGUAACUACACGCCAUUAAGGGUCUAUCACAAUGGACGAGGAAAAAAGGGACAGUUCAGAUACUAAAUUUCAAGGAAGAAUAUCUUUGCGUUUCCAAGUGUCCUAAGGUGCUGCGACUUGAAGUCGCUUCAUUAAGAAAUAACGAUUCGCCAUUAAUCGUUUACCGUUUAUCAUAAGUCGUAAAUUCUCAGUCUACUAACGACGCCUGUCGUCGAGACGUCAUUUUACGACCAAUUGGGCUUGACGAAUGAUGUAUAAUAGUCAUUUUAUGUGGCCUUAUUCAACGUCCUCCUUCACUUAUUUAAUAUACUCUUAAGCUUAUGUAUAAAUAGGCUGUUGCGAACGUUUGUCUUAUUCUUGUGAACGUGUCACAUAUGAUAUCGUACGUAUGCGAUAUAUGCUUGAUACGUCACUAGACGUUUUUCUUUAUUUAUUUAUACUGGUUGCGUAAAUUAUAAGUGAAUAUACGUAUAACCAGUCCAGAAAGAAAGUUUUGUUCGCAUCGAAUUGCAUUUCUAACGUUACGCAAUAAAUUAUGCGUUUGUUAACGUUUUAUUUAAAUCGUGAUAAGCCUUGCCUCCUUUUUUUUUAAUUAUUUUUACCAAUUACUCUCUAGAGCAUGCACCGAUGAUGAUGAUGACGCUAACGAUAUUGGCUAGUAAGAUUUCGCACAGAAAUAACUAAACUGAUUUGUCUGUAAAUGUUAUGUACUGCAUAGGUAGACGUAAAAUGGUAAAUAAAGAUACAAUUUUAGUCUUUAAAAUAUCCAUUGUUUAGAGCAGCC